CGGCAUCUUUCAUUACCGCAUUUCCAUCCAUACAAUUCAUAUCCCGUCCCAGAAUGAAUCACAUCUAUCAAUAUGGCGUCUUCAGCGCCCUCAUGCAGGGCUUCUCCUCCGACGGAGCGACCGUCUCCAACGUCCUCUCCAGAUGCACCCACGGCCUUGGCACCGUCUGCGGCCUGAAUGGCGAGAUCGUCAUCGUCGACAGCGAGGCCUACCACUUCACCCCAGACAAUCAAAUACACCGGCUCACACCCACAGACCAUCUACCAAUGAUCGUCGCCACGGACUUUCAGCCCACGUUGACCAAAUCUCUGGAGACCUUGCGCAUGGAAACCCUCCAGAAAGCCCUGCAUCCAUUCUUCCCCACCAAUCAGAACAACUUCAUCGCUGUCCGCGUGGACGCCACCUUCAAAAAGAUCGUGUACCGCAUCGGGGGCCCGCAAAUCCGCCCGCGGGAGCCGCUGCUUGAACUGUCUAAGCGCCAGAUCGUCAAGACGUACGAUAACGUCGCUGGCACGCUAUUCGGGUUCUAUUCCCCGCCGUACACGAACGGGAUCUGCGUCGCCGGCUUCCAUCUGCAUUUCCUGUCUGCAGACCGCCAGGCUGGUGGACAUGUUCUGGAGUUUGAGGCUGAGAACGUCGAUUUGAAGGCCGCGGUUAACACGCAUGUGCAUCUGGAGUUACCUGCGUCGGAGGAGUUCAACCAGGAGUUGAUGCAACCUGACUUGGCAAAGGACUUGCAUCUAGCUGAAUAAAUAGGUAUCUUGGCGAUACAUGAUAGCUUAGAGGUUCGAUUACUCGCAUAGAGAUGGGGCUCACUGGCUGAGCUUGGCUGAGAUUUGAUAUCCUUAUGGCUCACAGUGAAAGGUUAUCACUUUUUACAUAUAUAGAAAAUACUAGCUAGACUCGCUUUAAUCCUGUAAAGGCAAGGUUUCCUCACUGACCUUGGGAUAAUUGCAGUGCUUUGCUCUAUUUUGGCUGGGUUGCUGUAGCGCUGCCAGUAUGGAAAUGACGUCAUGAGUUAUGGCGAGCUACGAAAAGCACAGCGUGUCUCAAACGAAUCAUUAGGAGAAGACUUUGGGGCAUAGUUGAUGGCUUCAAGACCUCAGCUAGUCUUUUCUCUUCUAUAGCGCUCUU